UCACGACGUGCAGCGACCCGAGUCUGUCUCCAGACUCCCAGGACCCGCAGGACGACGGGAAGGACUCCGAAACGGGACAUUUAUCCGAUAAGGAUAACAACAACGAGAACGACGAGCAGAGCGCCGUCGGGAAACGACGCGGGCCUCGGACCACCAUCAAAGCCAAGCAGCUGGAGACCCUGAAAGCGGCUUUCGCGGCCACGCCAAAACCCACGAGGCACAUCAGGGAGCAGCUGUCACGCGAGACGGGCCUCACCAUGAGAGUCAUCCAGGUUUGGUUCCAAAAUCGGAGAUCCAAAGAGAGACGCAUGAAGCAACUGAGCGCUCUGAGCGGCCGGAGACAUGUCUUCUUCCGCGGCCAGCGGAGGAUGAGGGCGCUGGGAGAGAGACUGGAGGCAGAAGAGCUUGGACAUUUCUCUUAUUAUGGAGAUUAUCCAGGUGAAUACUAUGGCUCAGGAGGGAAUUAUGAGUACUACCAGGGCCCACCAUCAUCCCAAGCUCAGACUCCAGCCGACUUGGGCUUUGUGCCCUCCUCUGUCCCUGCUGGCACCCCAUUAGGAGCAAUAGACCACCACCAUCCGGGGCACCACUGUCCUGGAGAGGUGCAUUGUUUCUCUGACACAUCUCACCACCCUGCGGACUCACCCAGCCCUGAGCCCAACAUGCCGGGCUCCAUGCACAGCAUCUCCAGUGAGAUGUGUGGCCCCAGCACGCCCUACACGACUGUGUCCCUCAGUGACAACGGAUACACCAACCAGCUGUCACAACCCUCCUCAGAAAUGAGCGAAGGCACUGUGUGGUGA